GUCAGGCAAGCAGGGAGAGUGAGGGGAGAGGAGAGAGAGAGAUAUUCUACUGCACUAUACCAUACACUAUAACAGCAGGGCUACCAGGAUCAAGGCUAAUUAUUCUCUGUAGUCUUUUCCUUCCUUCCAUUUUCUGGUCACAGGCAGUUCCAGGACCAUGGCACACCCUAAAAACCACAACAAGAUGGGCAUUGGCCGCUCCAUCGCCGUGCUGACCUCUGGAGGCGAUGCCCAGGGUAUGAAUGCUGCUGUGAGGGCCACAGUCAGAGUGGGCAUCUACACUGGGGCCAAAGUCUACUUCGUUCAUGAGGGUUACCAGGGUUUGGUGGAUGGAGGUGACAAUAUCAAACCUGCCACCUGGGAGAGUGUGUCUAUGAUGCUGCAGCUGGGUGGCACUGUGAUUGGCAGUGCCCGCUGUAUGGACUUCAAAGAGAAGUGGGGGCGUCUGAAGGCCGCCUGCAACUUGGUCAAACUGGGCAUCACCAACCUGUGUGUGAUCGGUGGUGACGGUAGCUUGACUGGUGCUAACCAGUUCCGUACAGAGUGGAGCGAGCUGCUGGCUGACCUGACCAAACAGGGUAAGAUCACGGCGGAGGAGGCUAAGCGUUCUUCUCACCUCAACAUCGUGGGCAUGGUGGGCUCUAUAGACAACGACUUCUGUGGCACUGACAUGACCAUUGGCACUGACUCCGCCCUGCACCGCAUCAUAGAGGUGGUGGACGCCAUAACGACUACUGCACAGAGUCACCAGAGGACCUUUAUCCUAGAGGUGAUGGGCAGACACUGCGGCUACCUGGCCCUGGUGACUGCUUUGGCCUGCGGUGCUGACUGGGUGUUCAUCCCAGAGAUGCCCCCAGAGGACAACUGGGAGGAACAUCUGUGCAAAAGACUGAUUGCGCAAAGGGAGCGUGGUUCCCGUCUGAACGUCAUCAUCAUGGCAGAGGGAGCCCAGGACCGUAAGCAGAAACCCAUCACCUGCGACCAAGUCAAAAAUCUGGUAUCCAAGAAACUUGGCUUUGACACCCGUUCCACCAUCCUGGGACACGUACAGAGAGGUGGCACCCCCUCUGCCUUCGACAGGAUCUUGGGUAGCAGGAUGGGUGUGGAGGCUGUGAUGGCUCUGUUGGAGGCCACCCCAGAAACCCCAGCCUGUGUUGUCAGUCUUUCUGGGAACAUGGCCAUCAGGCUGCCGCUCAUGGAGUGUGUCCAAGUUACUAAAGAUGUGACCGUAGCCAUGGCUGAGGGGAGAUUUGAAGAUGCUGUGAAUCUCAGGGGAAAGAGCUUUCAGAAUAACUGGAACACAUACAAAAUGCUGGCUCACGUGACCCCUCCAGAAGUGAAGAGCAACAUCAAUAUUGCCAUUGUAAAUGUGGGCGCCCCCUGUGCUGGGAUGAAUGCAGCAGUGCGUUCAGCUGUCAGGGCUGGUCUCAUCCAGGGACACCAGAUGCUGGCUAUAUACGAUGGCUUUGAUGGCCUGGCUAACGGACAGAUUGAGCCUAUCACUUGGGCUCAAGUGGGUGGAUGGACUGGGAAGGGAGGGUCCAAUCUCGGUACCAAGAGACACCUGCCAGGUAAAAACAUUGAGCAAAUCAGCCUGAACAUUGCCAAGUUCAACAUCCAUUCUCUGAUCAUCAUCGGAGGCUUUGAGGCGUAUCUGGGUGGUCUGGAGCUGGUAACAGCCAGGGAGAAGUACGAGGAGCUGUGUAUCCCCAUGGUGGUCAUUCCCGCCACCGUCUCCAACAAUGUUCCCGGAUCAGACUUCAGCAUCGGCGCUGACACCGCCCUCAACACCAUCACCACGACUUGCGACAGGAUCAAGCAGUCUGCUGCUGGCACCAAGAGGAGAGUGUUCAUCAUUGAGACCAUGGGGGGAUACUGUGGCUACCUGGCAACCAUGGCUGGCUUGUCAUCUGGGGCUGACGCUGCCUACAUUUAUGAAGAGCCUUUCCAUAUCCGUGACCUGGAGCUGAACGUGGUGCAUCUGAUAGAAAAGAUGAGGACCUCAGUGAAGAGAGGUCUCAUUCUCAGGAACUCUAAUGCCAACGACAACUACACCACACAGUUCCUCUACAACCUGUACUCAGAGGAGGGCAAGGGCACGUUCGACUGCAGGAUGAACAUCCUGGGACACAUGCAGCAGGGUGGAACCCCCACUCCCUUCGACAGGAAUUUUGGCACCAAGAUGGGAGCCAAGUCUGUCCUGUGGCUGACUGACAAACUGAAGGAGUGCUACAGACACGGUCGUAUCUUUGCUAACACAUCAGAUUCUGCCUGUGUGCUGGGCAUGAAAAAGAGAUCCCUGAUCUUCCAACCCCUGGAGUCCCUCAAGGAAGACACUGACUUUGAGCACCGUAUCCCAAAGACUGAGUGGUGGCUGAAGCUGAGGCCGAUUCUGAAGAUCCUGGCCAGGUAUGAAGCUGUGGAAAUAGACACCUCUGAGGCGGCUGCCAUGGAGCACAUCAUCAAGAAGACAGGCGAAAUCAAGGGGGGCAAAAUGUAAACAAACCAAAUAAACACACACAACCUCACAUAAACACAUACAUACACACCCUUAGUCUUGCACCUAGACCCGCCCGCACCUAUGAGAAGAAAGGAACCUGAGGAUCUGUCUUUUUCAGCGAUCUAUUUCCUGUGUUUGAGGGGUGCAAAAUCCACUUGUCACUUAAAUCUGGCUGGAUUGAUUGCUUUCAUUUUAAUCCUGUGACUCUUUCAUACUCUUGCUUGUGCCAGUCGUUUUUACUCGUUAACGUUACGCCCGUGGAAAUGUUUGUAAUGACCUGUCAAACACAUCCCGGUAAUGGCUGAAAGGGGCUCAAUGGAAAACAUUGUAUUUCCAUGGUAUCUAUAAGAACGCUAAACUUUGUCUGAGAUUAAACGCAUAGUCUCGCCACUUGCAUCACAAGAAAGAGAAGAAAGAUAACUUUAUUUUGAUGGGUGUACAUUUUGUGCGGCGCUGAACAAAGUUAUAAUUUAAUAGAUUUGAAAAGUUCACAAAAGAGAUGCGCUAAAAUGAAAGCAAUUUCCGAAAAGGAACACUCUGUAAACUAUGUAAAGUAUUUAUAGAUAGGUGUAAUCUGUUCUAAGACAUAUUGAAAUUUGACAAUAAAUGUAAUACCUGAAUUCCCACCAAAAUCCCUGAACUCCAUUAUUUGUCCUUGCCAGUAAAAUGUUUUAUGUGCUAUAAUUCAGUCAAUAUAUAAUGGAUACAUUUUCUUCAAAAAGUUUGGAGUAUCUUCAACCAUUGUCCAACUGUUGCAUUUAUUGGAAUUGUUUUUAAAACCUUUUAACAAUUUUGUUAGUAACUAGUAGUUAGUUGCUAGGAACAGUCAACCAUUCAGUCAACUGAUGGGUGUAUCAUAUCAGUACAGUACCAGUGGUUAUGAGGAAAAGACUGUACAUACAGUUUGUUGUGUGGAGCUUUGAACUAUUCUACAUCACAGAAGUUAUUCUACAUCAUUCUGCAGCUGGCAACCCUUAAACAAUACUGUGCAGAUCUCUCAGCAAAGUCAGAGUCUAACACUUAUCUGACAACCACAAACACCCACAGUGUUCUGUUUCCUGUGUCUGGUGUAUUGCCUUCUCCCCUGUUUGUAUGGCAGAACAGUUUAGACCUUAAUACUUCUUUCUUCCAUUGAAACUGAACUAGGACAUGUAAUAAAACGUUCUGUUUAGUUUUCUGGACUAUUUAAGAUUUG